GCUCCGAAUCACGUGGUCAUUGCCUGAGGCAGAGACUAAAGAGGAAAAAAAAGCGCCUCAUUCCUUCUUCCACCGCCAUACUGUAUUUUAUAGUAACUCGCAUUUUUAUUCCUUCCUUUUACUCCCGCUCGGUGAGUACCUUUCCGCUGACAUUCUUGUCCUCUUUUUUUGUCCUUUUUUUUCUUCCUUUUUUGUUUUUGCUGCUUUUUUAUUUUUUCACCUCUUUGUUUUCAUGGAUUUGAUCCUUUUUCUGAUGACAAGUUUUUUUUUUCUUAGCAUGCGAUGGUUUAACUAAACUGAGAAAAAGGUGUUGCUGGAACUGGAAGUCACUGGGAAUCUAAAGAGGAAAAAAAAGAGGGAGAGAGAGAGAAAUAGACUUGCCAGUCCAGUAAUAACGUCAGUGCGUUUAAACUAUACCUACUUAUACAUAUGCAACUGGUUUUGUUGUGGCAAAAAUGUUAGUUAUUAUGCAUACAUUUUUUAAAAAAACACAAAACAGAUAAGAUAUGGGCAUAUUGCUUAACUCUCUUUUGCAGAGAUUUUUUAUGAUGUUGUUUUGCUUUUUGCUUUUUGUAUAUAUAUAUAUAUGAAAUUCCAAAAUGCAUUUUACAGCAGUGUUUACAAAGAGUUUGUGUUCCUGCAAUUUUGGUGCAGGCCACUGAACAAGAUACUAAUUUUGUUUAAUGCUUUUUUGGUUUUGUUUCCUUUUUGGAUGCCCGGUGCAAUCAGCAGCUUUUCUUCUUUUUCUGUUUUUCAUGCCCAAUUAUAAUGUGAAACUUUUCUUGCAGCUUGGUACUGUUGAUCAUUUUUAAAUCCCCCCUUUCCAAAUUAUAUUGCAAAAAAGCCAAAAAUAGUUUCUUUGCAGCAUUUCACUUUUUUAAUUCUUUUACCGAGAUAAUUUUACAAUGAGUGUCAUAAUGCUGAUAGAUAUACACAUAUAUACAAAUAAGUACAUUUUCAAAAGAUGGCAGUGGAAGGUUUUCCUGGAGAAUGAAGUGCGGUUUGGUUUCCUUGUCAACGGAAGAUGAAGUGAACAACUGAACAUCUCCCCAGUGCAGGACUGAAGUCAAACGAGCCAAUCAUGACUGGCAAAACGCAGACCAGUAACGUCACCAAUAAGAACGACCCCAAGUCCAUCAACUCCAGAGUCUUUAUUGGCAAUCUCAACACAGCCAUUGUCAAAAAGGGUGACAUAGAGGCAAUCUUUGCAAAGUAUGGAAAAAUAGUUGGCUGCUCAGUCCACAAAGGUUACGCUUUUGUACAGUACAUGAGUGAGAGGCAUGCAAGAGCUGCAGUGGCAGGAGAGAAUGCCAGGAUCAUCGCAGGGCAACCACUAGACAUCAAUAUGGCAGGAGAACCAAAACCAUACAGACCAAAGCCAGGAAACAAGCGACCAAUUUCUGCUCUCUACAGGAUGGGAGAAAAAUGCUUCAAACAACUGGGCAAAGCAAGACUUGAAUCAAAGGAGCCAUUCCUGUCUGUUGGCAGUUAUGUCUUUGAUUAUGAUUACUACAGAGAUGAUUUCUACAAUCGAUUGUUUGAUUACCACGGCCGGGUCCCUCCACCGCCUCGCGCAGUAAUUCCACUAAAACGUCCACGUGUAACAGUUACAGCAACUCGGCGAGGAAAGAGUGUGUUUUCCAUGAAAGGAGGCUCACGAUCUACAUCAAGUGGUACUUCUUCAUCAGGAUCAAAAUUGAAAUCAGAUGAGUUGCAAACAAUCAAGAAGGAAUUAACUCAAAUCAAAACAAAAAUUGACUCUUUGCUAGGGAGACUGGAGAAGAUUGAAAAGCAGCAGAAGGCUGAAGCAGAAGCCCAAAAGAAACAAAUAGAAGACAGUGCCGAAUUGAUUCAAGAAGAAUGUAUAUCAGAAAAUGCAGACAACUCUACAGAAGAGCCUAUCGAAGGAGGGCUAGAUGCAGAUGGGGAUGGGGAAGAGAUGACUGAUGGCAUAGAUGAGGAUUUUGAUGAGGAUGGAAGCAGUGAACUGUUUCUACAGAUCAAAUGAAUUGGGAAUUGCAUCCAGUCCCUUUGGAAACAGAGAAGAGAAUUCAGAUGGAAAUGUAAACUACAGUUUCUCAAUGGCUACAGCUUUGACUCAAUUUUUAUGAAAAACUGAAUCUAUUUCUUGAAAUGGAGAUUACAUUCAAAACUUAGAAAUUCCAUUUCUUAAAUGUUCUAAAGCUGUACAAUUGUCAGAUUUUUAUGGUUUAGAUUGUAAAUGUGUUUUUUCCUGGCUAAUUAUUGGUAUUAUUUUUUUAAUUUUGAUGUCAGAAGGGCCAAUGAAUUGUAUGAUAAUAUGAAGGACAUAUUUAAAAAGUGAAGGAGACACUGUAUACAAAUGUAUAUUUGUAAAAGCUAUUUUUAUUAUUAGCAUGUUUUAUGGUUCAUCAUAUUUAAAGUCAGGUGUUAUUGCACUUAAAUGUUUACAGCAUAACAGAAAUGAGAUCAUCAAAGACUUAUGAUCCAAUAUGUUGAAGUAAUAUUUUAACUAUUUUUAUUUAUUUAUAUUCAUGUUUUAAACUAAAAUACAUUUAUUAGCUGGAGAUCAUAAUGCAGGGCAAAAUAAUACAUUUCAUUUUGCAUUUAUUUCCAUGUAUGAUUUACACUGCAAUGGCUAUAAUUUGCAAAUGCUCGAUAUGACUGUGUGUACAGUGCAUAUCCUGUUGAAAUCAAAGGAAAAAGUAAUC